ACAUUUAACCAAAGAAGAAGACAUCAACCGGAAGUAAUAGCAGGAAGCAGAGCUAGUCGUGGAGCUAGCGGUCGCCCAAGCUAAGUUUAUAAUGGCUAAUUUAGGGAACUGGAGGGAGUCAAUCAGGCAGCGGUUAGCUGCUGCUGGUGCAGACAUACUCGCUGAGUGUGAAAACGCGAUCAUCCACACCGAAGAGCAGAUCCUCCAUCAGCGCAGAAUGCUGGACGCCAUGAAGACAGAAGCGAGGAUGCAAAGAAUCGAUGGCAUUAAACGGGAGGAGGAGGAGGAAAAGGAGGUUCUCCCUGAUGAGCACCUUUCUGACCAGGAGGAGCCUUCCGGUCUGGAGGAGGAUGGUCUAGAACCUUCACAGGUUAAAGAGGAGCCCUGCACCAGUCAGGGUGGAGAGCAACUUGUGCUGAAGGAGGAGACGAGUACCAGCUCGGAGACUCUCAGUGCGAGGGGCUUCAGAGGAGAGCUUGUACGUGAAGACACCUGCAGAGACGCCUCUAAGGAGGAAUCCCAGAGGAAGCGUGACCGUAAGACGGGGGCCAAAGGGUUUUCGUGUGAAGUCUGCGGGAAAGGUUUUGCUUAUCGGGCUUCUUACGGACUCCACGUGAAAACGCACACCAAAGAGAAGCCCUUUGAUUGUAGAACAUGUGGGAAAAUGUUCCGGAGAAGUGAUAAACUUCUGCUGCACACGAGAACGGCGAGAAGCCGUACCUUUGUAACAUCUGUGGCAAAAGCCUUUCCGACCCUUUAGUUUUAAGAAGCAUUUGUCGAGCCACUCAGACGAUAAGCCGCACACCUGUGGGACGUGUUGUCAGAACUUUAAAUACACGGACACUCUGAAGAUCCACAUGAGAAUCCACACGGGCGAGCGGCCGUACGUCUGCAGCUUGUGCGGGAAUAAAUUUGUUAACGCGUCGAAGCUGAACCUCCACAAGAAGACCCACACGGACGAGAAACCGCACGUCUGCGACACGUGCGGGAAAAGAAUUCAUCUGCCUGCACGGCUUAAAGGGUCACAUGAAAACACACACAGGUGAGAAGGUGUACGCCUGUGUGGCGUGUGGAGAGGGUUUCGGCUCCGUCUGCAGUCUGAACCGUCACACGAAGGCCCACGCAGGCGAGACGUCGCUGGACUGAAACGUCUCUGAUGACAAAACAAACCAGAAAGAUCCAGAAAGUUCCUUACAGAGACUUUAGGUGGGAUUGCAGCACGGCGAUGGCAGAAGUCCGUGGUUUUCUCUAUCAGAAGGAUUUUCUCAUUUCAACCCAACGUUUUUCUUGUACUUUAAAGAUUCUGAGAGUGCAGAGAAAAAUGAAUGAGUGAAUAUUAAACAGUAAAAUGUUGGUUAAGAAAAUGAAAACGUAAAACUGAGCAUAAAUCUUAGUUUUGUUUUGCUGAUGAAACUGUACUAGGAAAUUCUGACACUCAGCUGCGGCCAUUUUCUCCACUGUUACUUUUGCGUGAGGAUCGCAGUGGCCAGGGAGCGUGAUUUGGAUUUCUAGGAUGCCCAAGGAAGAUCCUGCCUUUCUCGCCUCUGAUUGGCUAGAAAGGCUCUACUACGAUUGGCUAUUUCAUUUAGCAGCAAAUCGACUCUCCUUGCUAAGAGCAGACUGUCCUUCUGCCACCAGCAGAAAGCUGUUUUGGGGAGUUUUGUAAAAAAAAAAUAAACAAAAGUGAACUUAGCGCUAUAAUAACCAUUCUGUCUUGUUUUGCAGCAUAUUUUAUGUUUUAUAAAAAACGUUAAUUUAUAAUCUUGUUGCAUUAAUCAAACUGUUGGACUUACUUCACAUCUGUUGGCUCUCAAGCAUUAGAGUACACAGGAUAAACAUAUGUUCCUUACCUGGGUAUGAAAUUUAAUAAAACUGCCUUAUUCUGCCCAGCUGUGUGCAUCCGGUCUGUUUCUUUUCUAAAAUAAUGAAAGCUGGUGAAAAACAGGUCUAAAUCAUAAUCAGCUUUUACUUAAUUAUUGAUUAAAUGAUACAAAUUUAAUCUGAUGACAAGAGAUGUGCUCUGACUACUAAACAGCCUUAACCUGUUAGUGAAAACAUAGGAUAGCCAAAUAAUGAAGUAAUAAGAUAACCCCAAUAGAGGCAACAGAUAAAAAGUCAGUCUACAGUGUGAUAAAAUGCAGCAAGAUUUAUUACAGGUUCACAUUUGACGUUUUUCGGGUUCUUUUAUGAAAGAAAGUGAAACUAGUAUGUUGUAAAACAAGAAUGGAUGUUUAUUAUAGCAACAAGUUCACAUUUUCUUAAAAAAAAACUCAAGAUCUGGCUGUAAUCUAAAAAACGCUCAGUGCGUGAAAUCUUUCCUCUUUCCAACACGAAAUAGCCAAUCGUAGGAGAGCCCUUCCAGCCAAUCAGGGGUGAGAAAGGCGGAACCUUCCUUGGACAAUUCCAAAUCGCGGCCAGGGAGCUGUCUCAGAAUUCUGCGUUUUCAUUGGCUUAAGAGGAGGGAAGUCCCUGUGGUUCUUUGAUAUGACGUAGGGGAAACCCCCUUCUUCAACCUUUUAUCAUUAUUUUUUUAAUAAACUAUAUUAGAAUAAUACAUGACAAUAGGUACAGAAAACACUUGUGCAACCUGCACAAGGAACAUUACAAACAGGCCAGAGGGUCUUAAAGCAUAAUGCGAUGUGUAAAAUGAGGACAAAAAUAAAAUUAAACUCAUAACAUGCUCAGAUCCAGGGGCGGAUUAAGGACUGAAGAAGAUCUGGGGCUUAACACGCACGCGCGCACACACAUGUGACACGCACUAGUCAACAUAUAUAUUUGUCUUGUACCACAUAAUUUUUAUUCUGAAGCUACAUAUUAAGCAUAUUCAGGGCAGAGUAUUGUUCCUGUUGGUGUUUAGUGUGAGAUGAUAGUAAAUAUUCCCUUUCUUUCUCCAGCAACUUUACCUGAUAAGCUAACUUUAGGCAAACCAGCAGCACAACAAAUAUUUUCAAAUAAGACUCACAAACCUGAGUCAACACCAGUCUCAUCAAAGCUGGGGUUCUGUCGCCGUACUUUUGGUCUAAAAAACGUCCUUAUGUCCAUCUUCACUCAUGCGUUUCAGGCAGACUGUAGAAAAAAACAGGCACUGCAGAAGAAGCCGGUGUCGGUCCAGGAUCUGCUCGGGUGCAAGAUCGGCUCGGGGUCCUUCGACUGCCGAUGACGUCAAAGUACGCCAAACCCACUCGGACAAAAUACACUACACAUCUAUAGUGUUGGAAAGAAUUUAUCAGUUUCGUUAUUAAAAUAAUGUUUCUUACAACGUAAGUUUGUGUUUAUAAUGGUAUUUGUAAAAUAAAACACUAUAUUUUA